AAUAUUUCUACUACUCAUAUUUGUAGUACUAGUAAUUCUUGCCUUGGUGAGGUUUGUCUGAUCAGCGGCAUGGCUCAGGUCUUGGUCUUGACUGUCUUCUUGACCCUUCUCAGCUCGGGCUCUCCUGCUCCUGUGGACCACUCUAAGGAGGACCACCCCCAUGCUCAGGUGUCUACAAGUGCAGUAGAAGAUGAAAAUUCAGACAUCUUGGAAAAACUGCUGAAAAUCAACUCUCAUCUGGGUGAAAAGCUGACUGAAGGAGACAUCGCACAGAAGGAUACAUCAAAUUUGCCCGAUGGUGUGUUAUCGAACGCUGCCCAGUGCGCUCUGAGCACCUGCAGGUGGCCCAAAGACGCAGAUGGAUUUGUGCAUGUCCCUUUUGUUAUCGACCGGACUUUUUCUAAAAACAACGCUGAUUUCAUCCGUCAAGUCAUGGCAGAGAUUGAACAGGUCACUUGUGUCCGAUUUGAGGAGCUCAAUAAACGGGGAGUACGACAAACUGAUGACUACAUCAUUGUAACUUCAGAAACAGGGUGCUGGUCGUACGUUGGCCGUAUUGGAGGCCAGCAGAAGCUGUCCCUGCAGCAAAGCGGAUGCAUUUACCGUCAGAUAAUCCAGCAUGAAUUCUUCCAUGCUCUGGGCUUCUUUCACGAGCACACCCGGAGCGACCGCGACAACCACGUCAUCAUCCACUAUGAGAACAUAAACCCAGAUUACAUCCAUAAUUUCGAUCUUCAGAACACCAACAACCUCCAGACUCCAUAUGAUUUCCUAUCUGUGAUGCAGUACAGCAAUCGGGCAUUCAGCAUCAAUGGCCAAAUGACCAUUUCAGCUAAAGACAACCCUACUUUACUGUUUGGAGGUGCUACGGCCAUGAGUGAGAAUGACGUACUGCGCGUCAACAAACUCUACAGCUGCACCGCCUACCUGCCCUAGAGAGAACAUGCUGCCAGCGGCCACCAGGGGGCGCUCUCACAUUAAUACCCAAUCAUGUCACCGAGUAAUUUGCUAUGAUUUAGUUUCUCUG